CUUAUAUACAGCGUGUAAUGGAAGACGCAAAAGAAAAAAGUAUCCAUCACACAACUGUGAAAAUUUGCGAAGAUUUAAAAAAGUCCGUGUCCUACAUGAGUUUAUACGAGAAUGUUCAGAAAUUGGUAGUAACACCUAGUGUAAAACCAGAUGAUUUCAAAAUUUCCCUGCUCAAAGCGAUGCAAGAAAAUGGUCUGGAAUCUGAACUUAAAAACAGCAUCUACAGAUGGGUAAAAUCGAGAAAAAAGGAAGUCAGCCCUCACGAUCCGUUUUUCCGAAAGUGUCAAAUCCACUGGGACAAGCGAAUCCACAAAUCACUUAACUCUAUGUGCAGCGAGCUUGGCAUUCAUUUGGCGAAGCUGAGAACUACCAACGAAAAGGAAGAAAUCUCGAAUAAGUGGACGGAACUCAGUAAUUUCGAAGUCGAUAUCCAUAAGUAUAGGCCUGUAUAUGCGCCCAAGGAUUUUUUAGAGGUUCUGCUGAAUUUGAAAGGGCCUCUCAAAGACAAAAAUCAAGGGGACCAUUGGGAAUUUUCUCAAAUACCACUCAAAGUAAAGAAUUUAGCAGAAUUGAGAAGCUUCUAUCUAGAAGUAUCCAGAGGUGACCAAAUCCUUCGUGCAAACAACUCCUUCACAUCCACAAACUCAGCUGUCUAUGAGGCAGAAAGAAUAGCACUCGGUGAGAAAAUUUUGGCAAAAAACUAUGCUCCCUUGGCUCAGGAAUAUAUGAAAAAAGGAUGUCCGAGAUGUCUAAGGGCUAAAAUUUGGAGUUUGCUAUUGGGAUGCGAAAUUAGACAACAUGAAGUGAACCAUUUGGAAACACUCAAACAGCAUGUUCUCAAUUAUGAUUUGAUGAUUGAUAAACUUAUAAUCAAAGAUAUAAAUUUGACAGCUUCUAAUGACGACCAAUACUUUGUUUUCGAAGACGUCCUUCAUCAGGUAAUGCUGUGUUUUUCAAGAGACUCCGAAAUUUUGAAAAACCUUCCCAGCCAGCCCGCAUUCAUGCAAGUCGUCGUCAAGGGGAAACAGAACUCUUUCGAAAACACCGUAGUUUUCCCCCCAAGUGGAGUGAUCCCUUUCCACGGUUUCACCAUGUAUGCUGCCCCAUUCUGCUACUUGUACGAGAACCCCGUGGAACUCUACUUCGUCUUCAGGGCUUUUUACUUACGAUAUUGGCACCGGCUGCAUAGAGUUUGUGCGAAUUCACAAGGAGUCGUUUCGCUUUGCUUGCAAUUCGAGAAGCUUCUACAGUGUUACGAACCAGUUCUGUGGAACCAUUUCAAGAAGUAUAAGAUUCCUCCGCUGCGGGUGGUUAUAAAAUGGAUAAUGCGAGCUUUCAGCGGCCAUCUGCCUCCUGAGCAACUGCUGACACUGUGGGACUUGAUUCUGGCGUACGAUUCUCUGGAAAUCAUUCCCCUACUUGCCGUCGUCAUAGUGAUAUUCCGGAAAGACAACUUGAUGAAAGUUACCACUUUGCAGAACGUUGAAGCGGUUUUAGCUGACUUGUCCUCUAUUGCUGUCGUUCCCUUGUUGCAGAUGGCUCUGAUGAGAGAAUAGAAAUUAUCUUAUUCUAUCUGGAAUUGACAGAUCCUUUAAUGGAAUGAUUUGUGUGAUUAAAGGAUGAAACGAG